AGAUAUUUUGUGCUAUCCCUGAGAAAUUCACUGUCUGCUUCUUAGCGAGACGUAGAGAUCGAGCUGGUGCAGUAAUCAAAGCUUAUGUAUUGUCUGCUUUCUUGUGCUGUUUGAUGUGCAUACAAUAUGGAUGUUGAGACGGGGGAAUCCGAUUCAUCAUUUGUUACUUAUAUUUUUGGUCUAGCCGUAUUUGGAGUACUCUUAGCGCUUGUGAGGAAGUACUUCAAAGGUGCACAGUUUGAUGAGCGUGUAUCUGCAAAAGGACUUGUGGCAGUGGUGACCGGUGCUAAUAGCGGUAUCGGUUUAGAGACUGUGCGCGGCUUGAAUCUGGCCAAAGCAAAGGUUUAUAUGCUCUGUCGAGAUGAAAAACGAGGCUCCGAAGCGAGGAUCAAACUGGCCAAGCAGAUGGGAUGCGAUUCUACUCGGCUUACUGUUGUGCGCUGCGAUCUCGCCGAUUUUAGCAGCGUUCGUGAUUGUGCCAAAGAGAUUUUAAAAGAAGAAGACAAGAUAGAUAUACUUAUCAAUAAUGCUGGAGUGAUGUUUUAUCCGAGGUAUGAAAAAACUGUUGAUGGACACGAAAUGACAUGGCAAAGCAAUCAUCUAGGUCACUUCCUUCUUACUGAGCUCUUACUACCAGCGCUCGAAAAAGCUCCGAAGGCACGAAUCGUGAAUGUUUCUUCCAGACGUCAUCUAAGUAGUAAAGCUUUGGAUCUUGCUACUAUUGAUGAUAAGAAAAAGUUUGGCAUCUUCGCUCCAUAUGAUCGCAGCAAGCUAGCUAACGUGAUGCAUGCUCGUGAGCUAAGCCGACGUCUCCAUAAGCAAGGACUGCACCAUGUGUCUGCUAACUCGCUCCAUCCCGGAACAGUGAAUAGCAAUCUCAGUCGUCAUACUCUGCUUGCCAAGUCACCCCUCAAGGAGAUCAGUUCCCCCUUCAGGUGGCUUUUCUUGAAAACUGACCGCGACGGAGCACAAACAUCACUGUACUUGGCUCUCAGUAAGAAGGCCGAUGGCAUUAGUGGAAAAUACUUUGCAGAUUGCAAACUGGCUUCUGAAAAUCCGCUUGCCCUGAACGACCAAGCAUGCGAAGAUUUGUACAACUACAGUCUUGAACAAUGUGGAAUUGCUGGAUAAAACCUUUGAUUCUCGUUUGUAGACCGAUCAUGAUUUACUGACAUUGCUCCACUUCUUGCCUUGUUUUGCUAAUUUGAGAUUUUUCUGAGUUUUUGAGUGCAAUUUUAGGCUACUAGUUACUAUACAUUGUGCACAAAACGCUUUGACUUUUGCUGUAAUAUAACAAUAUCUGCCUGUUUAAUAAUGCUUUUGGGUAUGCUGAGUCGCACCCUGGAAUGAAAUAU